AUGUCUGAAGAAAAGAUCCAGAAUAGCCAAUUCGCUAAACGCAAUACCAGUCAAAGUCAGCCUCACCCUAAUAAUAACUCUAGGUCCCAAAAUAACCAAAAUUCAUCCGGUGGAAAACCUAAUUAUAACUCUCCAAAUAAGUCUUACCCAAGGUUUUCCUCAAAUUAUCCUAAUAAUUCCCAAUCGUCCAAACAACCAGCGUUAUUUUGUAAGUAUUGUAAAGCUACGGGCCACGAAAUUAAGGAUUGUGAGCUCCGUAUAGCUAACAAUAAUCGCCGCAAUCAGAAGCCUGGUAAUGGCAAUUAUUCCUAUCCCAAUCGAGUGUCCCACGUAGUUGAACACAUCGAUGAACCUGACGAUGAAUAUCCUAUCGAACCGGAGUCUUUAAACGAAUAA